ACUACUACUUCCCCCACCAUAUCCGCCUCCCCCCUCCACCUCCGCGUCCCCUCUGGCAUCCCCCUCCUCCCGUCCACAAACCCUAACCCUAAUCUCGCCGGCUCCUCCGCCGUCGCGGCCCGCCCCCACCGCCGUCCUCGCCGCUCCCCGCGUUCGCCUCGGUUCCCGCUCCACCCCCGGAGCGUCCCUCCACGCGCGCGCGCGGGUGGGCACUAGCUAGGGUUUCGAUAUGGACCCGCGCCGCCCUUCCCCGCGCGGCGCCGCCAACGGCAGCGGGUUCUCCUACUCCAACCUCUUCAACCUCGAGCCAUUGCUAAACUUUAAGGUCCCUUUACCGGAAGAUCUUGAUCGAUAUGGGAAUAGUAGCCCAAAUGGGAGCGUGAGUAGUCAAGGUCAAGGGUCCUUGUCGGAUCAGUACAAUGGUGUGAGUGAUGCUUCUCAUGGGCUGCAUCGAAAGCGAAAAAGGCAUCUUGGUGUUGCGAGCGAUGAUGAGGAAGCAGAUGACCACAGUAACCAAAUAACCGAGGAGCACUACCGUACAAUGCUGAGUGAACAUGUUCAAAAGUACAGAAGGUCAAAGGAUAAGGAGGGUGUUUUUGGUUCUGAUCCUCCUCGGGCAGACACCCCCCAAAUGAUAAAACACAAAAAUGGCAAUACAAGAGUUAUGAAAUACAGAAGUGAUUUCAAGGAUGUUGCAGCAUUAGGUGUGUUAGAAACCUCACCUGAGUAUAAUGGGAUGGGAUCUAUUAGUGCAUAUGGUGGUUUCAAUAAGAUUGUAGCUUCACUUGAUUCUUCCUAUUUGGAUAUGGGGGAUAAUGUGAGCUACUUAAUUCCAGAGGGUUAUGAUAAGUUGGCAUCUUCCCUUAAUCUGCCUGUUUUUUCUGAUAUACGUGUCGAGGAGCAUUUCUUGAAUGGCACGCUAGAUCUGCGCACCCUGUCAGCAAUGCUUGGCACUGACCUUAAGUUUGAGGCUACUAGUCGUGGUGGAUUAGCCGAACCUCAGCCUCAACAUGAAUCACUCAAGGAAAGGGUAAAGAUCCAGAAAUUUGCACUUCAAGUAACUGAGGACCCCUUUGCAAUUCCAGAGGGAUCAGCUGGGAGAAUACGAAGAUCUAUUAUUUCAGAAUCUGGUAGUUUGCAGGUUCAUUAUGUUAAAGUCUUGGAAAAAGGAGAUACAUAUGAGAUUAUCGAGCGGAGCUUGCCAAAGAAGCAAAUAGUGAAAAAGGAACAUUCUGAAAAUGUGAAAGAAGAUUUGGCAAGUUUUUUGAAACGCUGGCAUAUUAUUGCUAGAAACAUUCCAAAGCAUCACAGAAAUUUCACUGCUUUGCUGAAGAAACGGCAAAUGGAUGCUAAACGCUUUUCUGAGAAUUGUCAACGGGAGGUGAAGCUCAAGGUCAGCAGGUCACUGAAACUGAUGAGAAGUGCUCCAGUACGCACAAGGAAGCUUGCUAGGGAUAUGUUGAUAUUUUGGAAACGGGUAGACAAGGAACAGUAUGAGUUGAGGAAAAGAGAGGAAAGAGAUGCAGCUGAAGCUUUGAAGCGAGAAGAGGAACUACGCGAAGCAAAAAGACAGCAGCAGAGGCUCAACUUUCUGCUAUCCCAAACUGAGCUCUAUAGUCACUUUAUGCAGAAUAAGGCUGGCGAAUCAGCACUGCCUGAUGAGGGAUCUGCUCCUGAGGUUGAUGACGAGGAAGAUCCCGAGGAAGCUGAAUUAAAAAGAGAGGCUUUUAGAGCUGCUCAGCAUGCCGUUUCCCAACAAAAAAGGAUGACAAAUGCAUUUGAUAGUGAAAUUGUGAGGCUUUGUCAAUCUUCGGAGUCUGGCAUUCCAACGGACGAUUCAGCUACUAUGGAGCCUAGCAAGAUUGAUCUCUUACACCCCUCAACAAUGCCUGAGCAGUCAUCUGUGCAGACCCCUGAGUUGUUUAAAGGUGUAUUAAAAGAAUAUCAGUUAAAGGGCUUGCAGUGGCUGGUCAAUUGCUAUGAACAGGGGUUAAAUGGCAUUCUUGCUGACGAGAUGGGUCUUGGCAAAACUGUGCAGGCUAUGGCAUUCUUAUCCCACUUGGCUGAGGAUAAAAACAUAUGGGGUCCCUUCCUGGUGGUUGCUCCUGCAUCUGUUGUGAAUAAUUGGGCUGAAGAGGUAAUCAGAUUCUGCCCUGAUCUUAAGAUACUCCCAUAUUGGGGCCCAGAAAGGGUGGUUCUUCGCAAGAACAUCAAUCCCAAGCGUCUUUAUCGGAGAGAUGCUAGCUUCCACAUUCUCAUCACAAAUUAUCAGAUACUUGUGAAUGAAGAGAAGCUUUUGAGACGUGUUAAGUGGCAGUACAUGGUAUUGGAUGAGGCCCAGGCUAUAAAAAGUUCAAGCAGCCAGCGCUGGAAGACUUUGCUGAGCUUUAACUGUAGAAAUCGCUUGCUUCUUACUGGGACACCAAUUCAGAACAACAUGGCUGAGCUAUGGGCACUUCUUCAUUUCAUCAUGCCCACUUUGUUUGACAGCCACGAACAGUUUAAUGAGUGGUUCUCAAAAGGGAUUGAGGGCCAUGCUGAACAUGGAGGGACCUUGAACGAACAUCAACUUAGUCGACUGCAUGCUAUAUUGAAGCCGUUUAUGCUCCGCCGUGUUAAGAUUGAUGUCAUAGCAGAAAUGACGGAAAAGAAAGAAGAAAUUGUGCCCUGCAGAUUGAGUUCUCGCCAGCAAAUCUUCUAUCAAGCCAUAAAGAAUAAGAUCUCUCUUAAUGAGUUGCUUGAUGGAAGUCGUGGCAAUCUAAAUGAUAAGAAGCUGCUUAGCCUGAUGAAUAUUGUCAUGCAGCUACGUAAGGUCUGCAAUCAUCCAGAGCUGUUCGAGCGCAAUGAGGGAAGCUAUUACUUUUAUUUUGCGGAAAUCCCAAAUUCUCUUCUUCCUCCCCCAUUUGGGGAGUUGCAAGAUAUACAUUAUGCAGGCAAGAGGAAUCCUAUAGUGUUUGAGAUUCCGAAGUUAGUUUAUGAAGGGAUCAUCUGUAACACAGAAAUACCCGUCGAUGGUUGUGGAUUCCGGAAUGGAUAUAUCAACAGGCUGUUCAAUAUUUUUUUGCCAAGCAAUAUCCAUAAUUCGGCAGUUCCAGAAUCAACUUCACGAACCACAUCUAUUCUGCCAUCUGGUGCAUUUGGCUUUACACGUUUAACGAAUCUGUCCCCAGUUGAAGCUUCCUUCCUGGUCACUUCUUCAUUAUUUGAGAGACUAGUGUUUUCAGCGACACGUUGCAAGAUGGAGUAUGUUGAUGAAAUCGUGGAUCUAUUCCUUGAUUCAGAAGGUUCUGAUCUCCAGCUCAGUCAGUAUGAUGCCACAAAAGUCCGGGCUGUUACUAGAUUAUUGCUUUCACCUAAAAGGGCAGACUCCAGUUUGCUCAGAACAAAAUUUGAAAUAGGCCUGAGCGAUAACCCGUGUGAAGCACUAGUGCUUUCUCACCAUGAUAGGCUUGUCUCGAACAUACGGCUUCUUCGUUCAACAUAUGGUUUUAUCCCACCAGCUAGAGCACCGCCGAUAAAUGUCUGUUGUUCAGAUCGGAAUUUUGCCUACAAGUUAACAGAUGAGAUGCAUGAUCCCUGGAUCAAGAAGCUGUUUCUGGGAUUUGCUCGCAUUUCCGAGUUUAAUGGUCCUAGAAUACUGAAUGGUCAUAAUACUUUCAUACAGGAAGUAUGUACUGAUUUGCCCAUCCCUGAGCCGAUGCUACAGUUACCGUACAGGAUAUUCGGGUCAUCUCCGCCUAUGAGUAAUUUUGAUCCAGCUAAAAUGCUCACGGAUUCUGGGAAGCUCCACACGUUAGAUAAACUACUGCGGCAACUCCGAGCUGAAAAUCACCGUGUGCUCCUAUUUGCUCAGAUGACUAAAAUGUUGGACAUCCUUGAGGACUACAUGAAUUUCAGGAAAUUCAAGUAUUUCAGACUGGACGGGUCUUCUGCAAUUUCUGAUCGUCGUGACAUGGUCCGGAAUUUCCAGAACAGGAAUGAUAUAUUUGUCUUCUUGCUAAGUACAAGAGCUGGGGGACUAGGAAUUAAUUUGACUGCUGCUGACACGGUUAUAUUUUACGAAAUUGACUGGAAUCCGACACAAGACCAGCAGGCAAUGGAUAGAACACACAGACUUGGUCAGACGAAGGAGGUAACCGUGUAUAGACUUAUAUGCAAAGACACUAUUGAGGAGAAAAUCUUGCAAAGGGCAAAGCAGAAGAAUGCAGUGCAAGAGUUGGUUAUGAAAGGGAAACAAGUUCAGGAUGAUCAUCUGAUGAGACAAGAGGAUGUUGUUUCAUUACUUCUUGAUGAUACACAGAUUGCACACAAAUUGAAAGAAAUAUCAAUGCAGGCAAAGGAUCGAUUAAAGAAGAGGCGAGCAAAGGCCAUCAAGGUUGACAAAGAAGGAGAUUUGAAGCUUGAAGACUUGGAUGAUCCAACUGAAGAACCUGUAGAACAAGAUAAUACAACCAGCAAAAAGGAAUUCAUAUCACCCUGUGCGUAUACAAACACAAAAUCAUUGAGGCAUUACUUAGGGCCCGUUCGGCAACACCCCAGCUCUCAACUUCAAUAACUCCACGGUGGAGCUGAGCCGAACGUGUGAACUCCGUGAAGCUCAAAUCUAGAAGCUGGCUCUUCUCUUAGUGCAAAUUUGAUGGAGUUGGAGAAGGUGCCUUUCCCUGGCUCUGCGAAAAUGAAAAGGUUGCAGUUGAGCGUUAUUACAAGGUGCUGCCAUCGCCAAGUGACCUCUGCAUACCGGUUCGAAUAAUCUCUCCUCCGUAGCUUCUCUCUCACCAUCGCUGCACAUUUUCUUUACGAGGAAAAAGGUGCCGCUGUAUGUCUUACUGAGCUGGGCUUUGCUCCCUUCCCUCUCAGGCGGGCCUCAUCCCCAUCUAAAGUUGUCAGCCCAUGUCAGCGAUGAGAAGCUGGAGCUGCGACGCCGAACGUUUUUUCCAUCGCUAGUUUUCACUUGAGAAGCUAGAAACCGGAAUGAGGAGUAGAAGUUGAGGAGUUUGGGAAGCUAGGCUGUUGCCGAACGGGCCCUUAGUAUGCAAGCUUAAAAUUCCAAUUGAAGCAGAUAUAAAGGAACAAGUGAUGCAGUUUCACAUAUUGGAUUGGCACCCAUAUAGAACUUCAUUAGCUCCUUGUGUGAUUGACAUGCAUAGAUGGGUUUAGCUUGCAUUUUAGUACAUAUUCUACCAAAAAAUGCAAAGAGAUGAUCAAAACAAAAUGAGCUGCAUUAUCUUACCCUUUCAAUUUCAGUAUCUUUGCCUGCACCAGUCCUUAAUCUAUUGAUAGCCGUGUCCGCGGAUAUGGGGAUAUGGGCCCAGUUCAUAGUAGGUCACACUAUGGGUCAACAGUAAUAAUAAUAACCUGAUUAAUAAACAAUCCUGGUUCGAUGAGGAAAGAAGUUGAUUGAUCUUUAUGUAAUCGUGAGAGGAUCACAGUGGUAUCAUUGAUACCGAAGUUGGUUGAUCUUUACGGUGUCAUGUGAUGACCGCGGGUAAAGAUCGAGCUCCUUGUGGUCACGAGAUGAUCACGAUGGUAAGUCGAUACAUGUAGUGGUUACGAGGUAACCUCCAGAGUAAGUUGUUCAUGAUACCUCAAACAUGCUGUUUCCUUGAGGCUUUGUUAGAUUCACCUAACUUUCUCAGCCUUGCUAUGUGUGAGCUUCAUUUGUUUAAUUAACUACUAAUAUAUAUUUCCAGAAAAAAAGCUCGCACAAGAAACCUCCAAAGUCACAGGAUAAUGAUGGUGCGGAUGGC